CCAGAGCCCCAAAUACACGUUUCAGUCUCCGAAAUCUGAAGAGAGAGAGAAACAAGUGUAGAGAGAGAAAGUGUCUUUCAAGCUCCUAGUUUUCAUCUCUGGUUUUGCAGGAAACUUCAACGUGGCUCCUUCAAGCGCAGGAGUCUCUUCACCCUCUCUCUCUAGAAGGAGAAAUACGCAAUCAUCGAUUAAGGAAUCUCCUUUUGAAUCUGGUUCAACAAGGAUCGUUUAUCGGUUACCCCUUGAUCUUCCAUUUUGGCAGCAAACCUGGUUUCUCAUUCUUCUCUUUUUAAUGGCUCUCUCUCUCUUUGCCCUAGCGCUUUUCCUGUUGCUAGGGCUUGAUCUCGAAGAGGGGUCGCCUUUCCCUGCUUCUGCGGCGCAAGAAGGUGUUGAGAUAACUUAUGGAACAGUUUUGAAGCUGGCGCACGAGAAGACAAAAUUCCGCCUUCAUUCUCAUGAUGUUCCGUAUGGGUCUGGAAGUGGGCAGCAGUCUGUUACUGGUUUUCCUAACGUUGAUGACUCAAAUAGUUACUGGAUUGUUAAACCUGAACCAGAUACAUCAGCUAAGCAAGGAGACCCUAUAAAAAGUGGAACUAUCAUCAGGUUGCAGCACAUGAAAACUCAGAAAUGGUUGCAUAGUCACUUGCAUCGAUCCCCAAUAUCUGGAAAUAUGGAGGUUAGUUGCUUUGGAGGACCUGGGGAAUCUGAUACUGGUGACUAUUGGAGGGUUGAAAUUGAGGGGAGUGGGAAGACUUGGAGACAGGAUCAAAGGAUAAGACUGAAGCACGUGGAUACAGGUGGCUACUUGCACAGUCACGAUAAGAAGUACACUCGAAUAGCUGGUGGUCAACAAGAGGUGUGUGGCGUCAAAGAAAAACGUCCCGACAAUGUUUGGUUGGCUGCUGAGGGUGUUUACCUUCCUAUUUCAGGAAACAGUAGUUAACUUUUGUGGUGGCUCUCUCCAUUAUAUUUGUAACUCAGUUCAGGUAGGGUGUCUCCAGGUAUAACAUCUUAGUGUGGUCAGAGAAUGAUCCAUUUUUACAUGAUAUCAUCCUUCUGUAUGACCCAUUAUGGGUGGGGUAAUUGUCACAGUUUUGGUAACAUGCUCUCUCUCUCUCUCACGCGUGCACACACGCGUGUAUCUUACCAUGCAUGCAAACUUGUGUUGAAAGUUGAAGCACACUUGCAAGUUAAUAGCCCUUAAUGACUCCCAUUCUUCAUUGUACUCUCAUCUUAAGGGUGUUUCAGGAUAUUUUUAUGUUGGGAGAGUACAGGCUCUACCUCAACUAUUGUAAGAUCAAGUGCUUUUUUAUUGUA